AACAGGGGAGAGCAGCCUCUCCCACCCCGCGAGGGCGACGCGAAAGCGAACGCCGAGAUCUUUAGCGCUCCGCCAGGCCAUUCCCCCUUCAUAGGCAAACGAACUACUACUAGCCAGCGGGUCUCGUCUCGAGCCGCAGGUUGCGGAGGCCAAGUUGCAGGGAGGGCGGGGAAAGGAUGGGGCAGCAGCAGCAGCAGGUGGUGAUAGUCGGGGAGGAGCACUGCGGCGGGGAGGACCGGGAGCUGACGGUGCGGAAGACGACGCUCUUCACGCCGGGGGACGGGCUGGAGGCGUACGACCACCGGACGGGGGCGCUGGCGUUCCGCGUGGAGACCUACGGGCGCGGCGGGGCGUGCGGGGGCGGGGCCGCGGCGGGGGACCUCGCGCUGCUGGACGCCGAGGGGGAGCCCGUGCUCACGGUGCGCCGCCGCCGCCCCAGCCUGCACAACCGCUGGGACGGCUUCCUCGGGGACGGCGCCGCGGCGCGCGGGGGCGGCCACCAGAAGCCCCUCUUCUCCGCGCGCCGCUCCUCCAUCCUCGGGGCCGGGACCGGCGCCGCCGCCGUCCUCGUCGACCUCCUCGCGCCCGGCGCCGCCGGGGAGUUCCACGUCGACGGGUCCUUCCCGCGCCGGUGCUGCCGCGUCGUGGCCUCCGCGAGGGCCUGGGGCGGCGCCGACGGCGGCGAGGCGGAGGAGGACGUCGUGGUGGCGGAGGUGCGGCGGAAGGUGGACGAGGACGCGCACGUGGUGAUGGGGCGGGACGUGUUCGUGCUCUGGGUGCGCGCCGGCUUCGACGCCGCCUUCGCCAUGGGGAUCGUGCUCGUGCUCGACCGGAUCACCGGGGACAAGGUUGACGGCGAUCUAGGACAGGACCCCCUCGAGGCCACCUCGCCGGCGUAAAGCUUGCCUGGAGCUCCCGCUCGCGUGCUCCGCCUCUGCGUGAUGCUUCGUCCUCGUCGUCGUCGAAGUUUGGAUCUCUCGUCUCUGGCUUGUGAAUCGAGCUUGUUGUACCUUUGAGCAUGAUGUGAAUUAUCCUUUGACGAUUCGGUGCCCCAUUUUUCUUACA